GUCCCAGUAGGCACCGUGAUCACGGCCUGCACAAUGCCUGGCACUAUCGCCCUGACCUUUGACGACGGGCCGUCGCACCACACUCCUAAACUGCUCGACCUGCUAUCGGAAUACGGCGUCCGCGCUACGUUCUUUGUCAAUGGCUACCAUCUCGAGCAUAACGGGCAUGCGGAGUACCUAAAGCGAGCAAGCGAGGAGGGUCAUCAGAUUGCGUCUCAUACAUACGACCACCCCCAACUCCCCUCCCUCGACUACGACGGCGUCUACGAGCAAAUGACCCGCCUCAGCUCUAAAAUCCGCGACAUCAUCGGCGUGGCGCCGACCUACAUGCGGCCGCCGUAUCUAGAAGUCAACGACCUGGUUCUCAGCGUUCUCGGCGACCUUGGGUAUCGUGUGAUCUUGGCCAGCAUUGACACCAAGGACUACGAGCACAACACGCCGUGGCUGAUUGAUCGCAGCUACGAGCGGUUUGUUGAUGAACUGGAAGCGGGCGGGACGAUCGUGCUGGCGCAUGAUACGCAUCGGCAGACGGUUGAGACGCUGACCAAGGCGAUGCUGGAGGGGGCGAAGAUGAGGGGGCUGAAGGUUGUUACCGUGGGCGAGUGCUUGGGCGAGUCGGAACGGCUGUGGUAUCGUUGAUGGUGGAGGGGGCUCAGAGUCCAUUGGAUAUACAUAUCCCAACUUGGUCGUUUUGCCAGGUUUGCUCCUUGGUGGUAUCGUUAAACUGGAUUGGUUCGAGUGUAUAUUGUUAGCCUGUCUGCUGUCUUGCGCUGUCAAUGUAACGGUAGAG